CACAGUCCCCAGCUUGACCUGACUUGUAUUUGUUGGCCAGUUGGUCGCAGCAGAUAAAGACAACGGGAGAAUAACGGGAACUGAAGGGUUUAGAAAUUAUAUUAAACGCAGAAAAACGUGGCAGAGCGUGUGGGAAGCUGUCACACUCAAAAGAGGCUGGGAUCUUCUGCUUUCACUUCCUGGCAGAUGGAGGAGUAGCCGAUGAGGUACUGAAUGAAAGAAGAAGCAGAGAGACAGGAAUGAAGAUGCUCUCUUGAUCCAUCAUUAGCUCAUUUUACAGUUUAGACUAUACACAUCUUUUCAUUACCUCUGACUUGUCUUCUGGCAAAGCAAACUCAUUGGCAUCUUUGGCAGAACACCAAUAUUCCCUACCACUUUUUAUAGACAAUUAGUGUAUUGUAAUCAUGGCAAACAUGCGCCCAUAUGGCUGCUUCACCCACGCCGUGGUGCGGGGCAUCCCAGAGACCUUUGGGAAAGCGGCGGGAGACGGCAGUGAGAACGGGGAGGCCUCGGUGGACCUGGCCAAAGCUCAGCGUCAGUUCGGCUGCCUGACGGGAGCCCUGAGGCAGAAGGUGGGCCUGCAGCUGAUCGAGAUCCCCCCUGACCCCGAGCUGCCAGAGAGCUGGAGGAUAGAGGAUGUGGCAGUCAUCCAUGGAGACACGGCGCUCAUCACCCGGCCCUUCAAACAGCAGAGACGCAGUGAGGUAGAGGCCGUGAGGAGGGUGGUGUCAGAGCUGAACCUGACCGUGGUGGAGAUGGGGGUCGAGGAGGGGGACUCUGGAGUGGCCACGCUGGAGGGCAGCGACAUCUUCUUCACGGGGAGGGAGUUCUUUGUCGGCAUCUCGUCCCACACCAACCACAGAGGGGCGGAAGUGCUGGCAGACACUUUCAGGGACUUUGCUGUGUCCACCGUCCCAGUCUGUGGUGUAAACCGACUGAGGAACAUCUGCUCCAUGGGAGGUCCGGACACCAUCAUCAUCAGCAACAGUGAAGGGGCCAAGAAGACACUCCGGAUGAUGGAGCAGCUGACUGACCACCACUAUGAAGUGCUCACUGUUCCAGAGGAAUCGGCAGCGAACUGCAUCUACGUCAAAGGUCCGUCUAAACACAACUUCCUGCUCCACCGGCCUGCAGAGGAAUGUCCCGACAGCGUCUCCGCUUUCCAGAAGCUACAGGACUACACCCUCCUGCCUACAGCCUGCAGCGAGGCCUCCAAAUUGGGAGCGUCUCUGUCCUCGCUCUGCCUGCUCAUCAACAGAAAGCACACGCAUUUCUGAAAACACACUUCUAACACGAGUAUGUUACAAUGUUUACCUGCACGUUCAUGGUGUGGUGGAGGGGAACCAAAUCACAGAAACACUUUCCACAAUGUACAAUUCUUAUCUAUUUAUUUCUGGGGGAAAAACACUUGAUACCACAUCUGUAUGAGAUAAUAUGACCCAACUGUAACAUCUGCUAACUGGUUUACUCUCAAGCUGAUUAUUGGCACUGCUGCCCCCCCCUGCUGAACACACAGCGCAGCACGCUGGCUCCCUCACAAAACUUUUAACUAUAAAUAAACCACUAAAUUCAUCUGUAGUUUCACACUGUUCUAACUUAUGACCACGACUUUUCUGUAAACCACCACUAAGCUCACAGAUCACAUUAAAAGAAAUGUUAAA